AGCACAGAUUACUAUGUCCUGAGCGUGGCAAGAGUUGAAGCUUCUACUCCACUUGUGUCCAAGAUUCAUAGUCUGUUAUGGGAUUUUGCACCUGGAGAGAAAAUGGCAGCUGGACAUACCCCACUAUCCUCCUCUGCAUAUAUGGAUUUUUCACCUACAUGAGACCCUCAGAGCCUUUCCUCACCCCUUACCUGACAGGCCCAGUGCACAAUCUCACACUAGAACAGGUAACAAACACCGUCUUCCCAGUAUGGACAUACAGCUACUUAGCAAUAUUAUUUCCAGUAUUCCUGCUCACAGAUUAUUUGAGAUACAAACCAGUGAUAAUCCUGCAGGGCCUAAGCUACAUAAUCUCAUGGGUCCUCUUACUUUUUGCCCGUGGAGUUCCUGCCAUGCAAGGCCUGGAAUUUAUGUAUGGCAUGGUCACUGCCACAGAAGUGGCCUAUUUUUCAUACAUCUACAGUGUGGUCGAUACAGAACAUUACCAAAAGGUUACCAGCUAUUGCCGUAGCAUUACUUUGGUGGGAUUUACUUUUGCCUCUGUAUUGGGGCAGCUUCUGGUCUCCCUAGCUGGACUAUCAUACUUUUACCUCAAUGUAAUCUCUUUGGUAAGUGUCUCGAUAGCUUUUUUGUGCUCCUUGGUGCUCCCCAUGCCAAGAAAAAGUAUGUUUUUUCACAAGAAAAUGAUAGGAGUAUCAUCCGAAGAACCAAAAGUAUCCAGUGAUAACCCAGAUGAGCCAAGUACAGAAUCUAAGGCAGAGACCGCAAACAAAGGUCCUGGGCCAAAUUUCUGUAAAGUUCUCUGGCUCCUGUGUAAAGACUUGAAAGAAUGCUACUCUUCUAUGCAGCUACUGUACUGGUCUUUGUGGUGGGCACUUGCUACAGCUGGAUACAACCAAGUCAUCAAUUACGUGCAGGUUCUCUGGGAACACGUGGAACCUGCUCAGAACUCCACUAUCUAUAAUGGAGGGGUAGAGGCUGUCGCCACCUUUCUGGGCGCCCUCUCCUCUUUCGCGGUUGGAUAUGUGAAAGUCAAUUGGGAGCUGACUGGAGAAUUAGCACUUGCCAUCUUCUCAGCUGUCAGUGCCGGCAGCCUGUUUCUCAUGGACUAUAGCUUUAAUAUUUGGAUGUGCUACGCCGGCUACCUGAUAUUCAAAUCCUCUUAUAUGCUUCUCAUCACUAUUGCCACGUUCCAGAUUGCAGUAAACCUGACUAUGGAGCGCUAUGCACUGAUGUUUGGAAUGAAUACAUUUGUUGCACUUGCUCUUCAGACCAUAAUAACCAUUAUUGUAGUGGACGGCAGAGGCCUCGGACUGGAUAUCAUCACCCAGUUUCUGGUCUAUGGGAGUUACUUUGCUCUAAUUGCUGGAAUAUUCUUUAUCAGGAGCCUGUGUAUCUUAAUAUCACAUCACAAAAAGAAGCAAACAAAAAACACCCAAGAACAAGAGGUCAAGACUGAGACUCAUCUUUAGAGGUGGCGACAGAUUCCACUGAAGUUUCUCUCUGCUAUCUCGCUGUAGCUGGCUCUGAUGUAAUCGGUCCCUCCUGUUUUCUGUUCCUCGGCAGUGCUUUCGUCUUGGUCACCAUUGUCUUCAGUCAUCUUCUGUUGAGCUCUGGCUAAAUCAUCUUUCUAUCUGCUGGUUUGUGACUACCUACAAGAAUUUCAGCAUGAAAAUAACUGUCACAUGGAAGCCUUCUCCACGCCAGACUUGCCAAGACAGGCCUACUCAGCCAAUAACUGACUGAGGCAGGACACUACAAAGGCCAGUGGCUGGCAAAAUGAGCAUCACGUGAAUGGAGGCAAAACUACAGGAACCAGGCAUGGCCACUAUAUAAUGUACAGAGUUGUGCUUGUAUGGUGAAUGGUUCCAGUGCACAGGAGCUGCUCCCAGAAACAGUCGGUGGUGGUGCUGGGAGUGGGACCCCCCCUCUUGAUCCGAUACUUUUACUCUUCAAUUUUAAUUUAUAGUUGAUAUUUCAGGGCCUCCAAUCACAGUCAAGCUUUCAUUCAUGUGACAUGAAUGCUGUACAGUGAUUGGUU